AUGGAGUCUCCCAAGGCGAAAUCAGGAAGGAAAGGGCUGGCCCCGUCUGCUCUUGAUUCCGCUGCUACUGGUCAAACAAAACCCACUCAGUCUCUUUCAACCAAAAGGAAUGAGCUCAAACUACGCUCUGUCUCCGAGAGCUCAGAUGAACUCCAGGGCGAGGUCACAACCCAGCCUAUCCCAAAGGACAUCGAUGAGAGACAGACUCGCGCUCGACUCCCAACCAAAGAACAUUUUGUAUCUCCUGACCGAAGUUCCCCCACCGACAUUGUGCCUACCAAGUUUGAAGGAUCAAACAAGAAGGCUAAACGAAAGCACAACAUCUCAGAACGACUUGACAUAAUCUAUUUACUGUUCGGCCAUGAUGCCACAAAAAGUGGUGUCAACGGGAGGAGGACAGCUGAUCUCAAUCACGAGAGAAUUGAAAUUGAAGGCAAAAUGCCUGGCAUGGGGCUGCCGGUCUCAAUUGAACUACGCAAAGUGGUCAAAAUUUUCCAUGGAAAGGACCCUAGUCGAAAAGUGAGGCUGUUCUUGUCGAAAGGCGCCUCCCCCCAUCUGGGUGAAAGGGUCGACAUUGAGUUUUGGAACAGCCAAAUGAAACAUCAGCUUCUACACGUCUUGCGUGAUAAGGAAAUCGCAAUUCACGCAAAGGAGUCGGAUUUCAUGGACAAGGCUUUUCAAACCCACAAAUUCGAAGCUCAAAAUCACCAACAUUCCAAAAGACCUCUACCGGAGCACGACUCGACUUCACAACCUUCCGCAAAUUGUCCUGCACGUCAGAAAAUUUCGUCCAACCUGCAGGGCUCGGUCGAUGAGCCUGGUAGCAAGCGAGUCAAACAGGAUCUUUCUUCCUCUUCCAUUGCGAGAACAGGGAAUGGUAUCACGGCAACGCGAGCUCCAGAGGGUGACGGGAAGACAGAAUCGGCCUCUGGUGUCGAGAUUCCCGUCAAAACUUUUCAUGAAACCCAAGCUUCACUUGAGCGAGAGACACGAUCAACACGACGGUUGCGGCGAGAUGCCGAUGACAGUGCCGACAGUCAUCCUAGCCAUUCAAGACCCAUUCGGGCAAAAGACGAGAAUCGAGAGAAGUGGAAGAAGCCAAUGGUCUAUCCCCGUGUUGGAAAAAGGCGUGCAGAAGUAAACGUUGAGGAUCGAGACCGCCUGCGCGAGGGAGAAUUUUUGAAUGAUAAUUUAGUCGGUUUCUAUUUGCGCUUCUUGGAAGAUCACCUCCAACGUACAAACCCCGAUGUCGCGGAAGGGAUCUACCUCUUCAAUUCUUAUUUUUUCCCGACACUCAAAAACGGGCGUUCAAUUAACUACAGUGCCGUGGAGAAAUGGACUCGCAACAUCGAUCUCUUCAGCUAUGACUAUGUUAUCGUCCCCGUCAACCAAGAUCUGCACUGGUAUUUUGCGAUCAUUUGCAAUUUGCCAAGUCUUGAUCUUCCUUGCGCUAGCCCUGCGGACCAGUCCUCUGCUCCCGCGAGCGAUAAAGAAAUCUCGACUCAGCCUGAAAGUGAGGUGCAUGAGAUUUCAGAGUCUCCGGAGCCUGAGCUGGUCUCGGCAACAACAAAUACUACUUUCGGCGCACAAUUCGAUCAACCUCGCACAGAGAAGGAGGGAAAACCAGCAGCCACUGAAGAGGUGGAUAGCUCAACGCAAGGAUCCGAGGAACAAAAACAAGACGUUUCUUCGCCUGGUUCUUGGCCUGACGGUGCAGAGAACAUAACCUCGCCGCCCCCAAAGGAACUUCCAGGUAGGUGGUGGGAUCAAACAAAUCCCACUACUUCUGUCAAUCAGUUUGGUCUCAAUAGCAAAAAGAAAGGCCGACCUGACCUGAAAUUGCACCCGCGUCAAACAACUAUCAUCACUUUCGAUUCCCUUGAUCUUCCUCGUUCACCUACCAUUAGAUUGUUACGUGAAUACAUUUGUCAGGAAGCCUUAUCGAAACGUGGCGUUGAAAUUGACCCAAAGGAGAUCAAGGGCAUGCGCGCUCGACAGAUCCCACUUCAGCCGAACUUCUCUGACUGCGGGCUUUAUCUGCUUGCAUACAUUGAAAAAUUCGUGCAGGACCCUGACACCUUCAUCACGAGAGUGAUGCAGCGUGACAUGGAUGCGCAUGUUGAUUGGCCUCCGCUCGGAUCUGGUAUGCUUCGGCACCGGCUCCGCAAGUUCUUGGAUGACAUGUACGAAGAACAGAAGAAACAUGAGAGCACCUCGGUCAUGGCUGAUCAGCCACGUGUUUCCUUUUUGUUAGGACCUCCCCUUCCUUCCCAGGAAGAUGAUGAGGACAGAUUAGAAGAGCGACGGCCAGCAACUCCUGGCCGGUCUGAGAAUCUCAAGCCAGUCCAGGAAGACCAUGUCAAGGGAACAGGCGAGGACCAUCUCAGUGUUGAAAUCCAGGUCAAGGCAACCCCUCCACCCGGCGAGCCCGAGCGACCCAAGAAGAGCCCCCAAGGCAAGCGAAAGGGUUGA